AUGGAAGCAGUGGGCAUCUCCACCGAUGAUGUUUGGACUCUUUGCAUGCUCCUGGAUGCUGACAAGAACGGUACUAUAGAUUUGGAUGAGUUUGUCGCAGGAUGCAUGCAACUUCAUGGGCCGGCCAAGAGCUUGCAGAUUGCAAAAAUGAGCUUUGAGAACAAGCUGACACGACAAGCCAUCCGGAACCUGGGCCAGGAAACCCUGGACAUCAAGACGCAACUUGAGACCAUUUCCAAAUUCUUCUCCAGUGCCUCCCCGGUGGACCUCGCUGAAGAUCCGCAGCUGAAGGAAGCCUUUUAA